GAGGGGCAAAGAGUGGAAGGGAGUCAUUUUGCACAAGGGGGUUGAAUCAGCUCAUAAAGGAGUAGGUUAUGACAGUGAAUUGCCUGCAACAGAGCUGGGAUGUCCACACCUCAUCUGGGAAGUGCCAGAUUCUAUCAUCUUCUCCGUUUUGAGGUUUCUAGCAGAGCCUCCGGGCUUCGAGGUCUCCGGCUGGUUAUCGGAGAUCUGCAGAAUUUCCGGGUGUCCACACUUCUUCUUUGACUCUCUGCAGCGUGGUUCCCUGAGCGGUGACCUCAGCCUGAACAAGAACCAUGUCCCGGUACCUGAGACACUUUACUGUCGUCGGGGAUGACUACCAGGCAUGGGAUAAUGACUACAAGAAAUGGGAGGAUGAGGAAGAGAUAGUAUCCAGAGAAGGGGACGGCCCCCCACAGGCCCCAGCACCCGUGACCACGCCCCCACGGAGAUUCACCGACACCAGGAACAUGCUGAAGAAGCUCUUUAGUGCCCACAGGUUUCAGGUCACUAUUGUUUGCCUGGUCAUAGUCGACGCACUUCUUGUGCUAGCUGAACUGCUGCUGGACCUGCGCAUCAUCCACCCAGACGAGAAACAAGUUGCCCCAAAGGUAUUCCACUAUCUGAGCAUUUGCAUUCUCACCUUCUUUGUGGUGGAAGUUGUAUUAAAAAUGUUUGUCUAUCGCCUGGAAUUCUUCCAUCACAAGUUUGAAGUUCUGGACGCAGUUGUGGUCAUCAUCUCAUUUAUCCUUGAUUUGGUGCUCCUAUUUCGGGAACAUGAAUUUGAAGCGCUGGGGCUAUUGAUCCUUCUCCGACUCUGGCGGGUGGCCAGGAUUAUAAACGGGAUAAUUAUCUCAGUAAAGACACGUUCUGAACAACAACUCUCAAGACUGAGACAAGCUAAUCUGCAACUUGUCGCAAAGGUUCAACACCUUGAAUUCAGUUGCAAUGAGAAGGAGCAAGAAAUCGAAAGACUUAAUGCACUAUUAAAACAGCAUGGACUUAUCAACUAGCAGAAUGCAAAGUAAUCCUCAUCUGACCUCGUGUAGAAGAAACAUCCUGUCAAAGAAGUCGAUCUGAGUGCUUAGGGUUAAAUGCCAAGAGUAACGUGGUUUCUUAUGUUUUCACACACUCCUGGUUUUGAAUUUGUACAGCUGUUAUUAACCCUUGAAAGUUUAAGAACGAUAUUUCUCAUGAGAUUAUUUUGUAUAACAAAUGUUUUGUAAACGACAUUUUCUGAAAAGUACAAGCUUUAUUCUUGAUACAAUGAAUCGUUUUGCAGUAGUUACGAGUAUAAAACUUCAUCUUUUCAUAUGUACAUUUAACAAAGCUUUUUACAUGUACCUCAAGGGACCAGAAAGCCCUUUAAUGUGUAAAAUCUGAAAGACAAAAAACAAUAAAGCUAUAUAUCAAUUUUGGAAAGAUUA